AUGCGUGUUUCAAUUGCGCCAGAGCUUGUCGCGGGCAUCCAGACCCGCGAUAUCCGUGUGACGGUGCGUGGCGCUGGCUUCGAUAAGUACCCAGCCAAACAACAUGCGCGCAAAGCGGCGAUGAAGCUGGGGGUUUCCAGCGGCCUUAUCUAUCUCGCGGGAAAGCCGACUGUCAAUUGGGGCGAUUCGGACCAAGAACAACCCUUUCGACAGAGACGGUAUUUCUACUAUCUCAGUGGGGUCGACGAGCCGGAUUGCUUUCUGACCUACGACAUCAACAACGACUUGCUGGUCCUUUAUGUUCCCGACUUUGACUUGCACCGCGCAAUCUGGAUGGGACCCACGUUGACCACAGACGAGGCUGAACGCCGAUUUGACGUAGACAGAGUGCGCUACUAUUCUUCCCUCCAGAGCGAUGUCGAGUCAUGGGCAAAGAAGUACAAUGAUGCCGCCCCAAUCUACAUCCUCCAUAGCUCCCAGCAGCCCGAAACCACAUCCAACGAGCUUAACCUAGAUGAUAAGCUUUUGCUACCCGCAAUGGAUGCGGCCCGAGUGAUUAAGGAUGACUAUGAGCUUCGUAUGAUACGCCAUGCAAACAGAGUCUCAGGACUGGCCCAUCGAAAAGUCCUCGAGAAGAUCCACAAGAUGACCAACGAGGCCCAGAUCGAAGGCCUCUUCCUGGACACAUGCGUGUCACACGGAGCAAAGAACCAAGCAUACGGGAUUAUUGCUGGGUCUGGGCCUAACGCAGCCGUCCUCCACUAUAUGAAGAACAACGAGCCCCUCAAGGGAAGACAGCUGGUCUGUCUGGAUGCAGGUGCAGAGUGGGAGUGCUACGCAAGUGAUGUGACCCGCACAUUCCCCCUGGCCGCCGAUUGGCCCAGUUCAUACGCCCGCGACGUCUACCGCAUUGUAGAGGAGAUGCAGGAGGAGUGUAUUAGGCGCAUCAAGCCAGGUGUGCGGUUUCGCGACUUGCAGGUGCUUGCUCAUGAGAUCGCCAUUGGAGGUCUGCAGAAGCUAGGCGUUCUCAAGAAGGGCACCUUGGAGGAGAUCCGUGUGUCGGGGGCGUCGUCCAUUUUCUUCCCCCACGGGUUGGGCCAUCAUGUUGGACUGGAAGUCCACGACGUGUCCGAAAAGCCAAUCACUGGUCUGGGGUGGUCUGGCAGAAGUUGCAAGCCUGACUUCAUCCCGGCCAUGAGCCAGUCAGUUCCCCUGCUCGAGGAGGGCAUGGUGGUCACCAUUGAACCCGGUCUGUAUUUCUCCCAGCUUGCUCUAGCGAAUGCUCGCAAGCAGCCGCUAGCGCGGUACAUCAACUUCGACGAAGCCGACAAAUACAUUCCCAUCGGUGGCGUGCGCAUUGAAGACGACAUCCUCGUCACCCGGACCGGGUAUGAGAAUUUGACGACGGCGCCGAAGGGCGAGGAAAUGUUGGAGAUCAUCCGGCGCGGGAUCGACAAUUAG